UUAGGGUGGCUGGUUGAGUCAGCCUUAGUCCCUCUCUGCUCUUCUCCAGAAGUUCUGCCCUGAAAGUCGGCUGCCAGGAGUGCAGGAGAGCGUGGGUCACCCUGCGGAGGUGUCUGAUCCAUACUGGACCCCUACAGGGAACCACGCGUGCCCUCCUGGGGCACUGCCCCAGCUGAUGCCCCAGAGGGGCCACCCAUCUCAAGAGGGGCUGUGGGCCCUGCCCAGCCUCCCCAUGGCGCAUGAGCCAGAGCCUGAGGCUGAUGGCCUGUUGGACCUCAGCUUCCUGACGGAGGAGGAGCAGGAGGCCAUUGCCGAUGUCCUGAAGCGAGAUGCCCACCUUCGCCAGUUGGAGGAGGGCCGGGUCAGCAAGCUCCGGGCCUCAGUGGCAGACCCUGGGCAGCUGAAGAUUCUGACAGGAGACUGGUUCCAGGAAGCACGCUCACAACGGCACCACCAUGCCCACUUUGGCUCUGAUCUUGUCCGAGCCUCUAUCCGCAGAAAGAAGAGCUCCAUGGGCACAGGAGAUCAGGCUCCAGGCAGCGAUGGGGAGGCUGAAGCUGCUGAGAAAGAUGCUGAAGAGGAGGUGGAGUCCAGGCUCCCCAUGGACAAGGCACCCCAAGAGAUGCCCAGCAAGGCUAAGGAACCUGAUUUUCCCUCACCGUAUGUCCCCCUAAAGGCUUCAGAUCAGGAGGAAGAGCCCCAAGCCCAGGAAGCCCCGGGCCCCGGGGACCCGCAGGUCUCGGCAGAGGAGGCGGACCCGGAGCCGGAGCCGCGGUCGCGCGGAGAGGAGCCGCCGCCUCCCCCAGCCCAGACCCAGGCGGCACCCGAGAUCCUGGAGAACGGGGAAGAGGCUCCGGGGCCCGGCUCCUCAGUCGACCGCAUGCUCAGCAGCAGCUCCUCCGUGUCCAGCCUCAACUCCUCCACGCUGAGCGGCAGCCAGCUGAGCCUGUCCGGGGAGGCCGAGGCGGGCGCGGUGCAGGUGCGCGGCUCCGUGCACUUCGCGCUGCGCUACGAGCCGGGCCCCGCCGAGCUGCGCGUGCACGUGAUCCAGUGCCAGGGCCUGGCGGCCGCGCGCCGCCGCCGCUCGGACCCCUACGUCAAAAGCUACCUCCUCCCGGAUAAGCAGAGCAAGCGCAAGACCACAGUGAAGAAACGGAAUCUGAACCCGGUCUUCAACGAGACCCUGCGGUACUCCGUCCCGCAGGCCGAGCUCCGGGGCCGCGUGCUGAGCCUGUCCGUGUGGCACCGCGAAAGCCUGGGUCGCAACAUCUUUCUGGGCGAAGUCGAAGUGCCUCUCGACACGUGGGACUGGGACUCUGAGGCCACCUGGCUCCCCCUGCAGUCCCGGGGCCCGCCCUCUCCCGACGACCUCCCCAGCCGCGGGCUGCUCUCCCUGUCCCUCAAGUACGUCCCCGCCAGCUCCGAGGGCCCGGGACUGCCCCCCAGUGGGGAGCUGCAUUUCUGGGUGAAGGAAGCUCAGGACCUCGUGCCUCUGCGCUCAGGAACCCUGGAUACCUACGUACAGUGUUCAGUGCUGCCUGAUGACAGCCGGGCCAGCCGCCAAAGGACAAGGGUGGUACGGCGCAGCCUCAGCCCUGUGUUCAACCACACCAUGGUUUACGAUGGCUUCGGGCCUGCUGACCUGCGCCAGGCCUGUGCCGAGUUGUCCCUCUGGGACCAGGGGGCCCUGGCCAGCCGCCAGCUGGGGGGCACACGCCUCAGCCUGGGCACCGGCAGCAGCUAUGGGCUCCAGGUGCCCUGGAUGGAUUCCACGUCAGAGGAGAGGCAGCUGUGGCAGACGCUCCUGGAACGACCGUGCGAGUGGGUGGAUGGCCUUCUGCCCCUCAGAACCAACCUGGUCCCCAGGACAUAGCUGCCCUGCAAGCCCCACCAGACUCCUCUCCAGACCCCCCCCCCCAUCUCAGGGCCUGCCCUUGGCUAAAACCAAUAAAGUCUAUUCAAAGGGCA